AUGCAAUCUCAAUAUCCGAAUGCGACAGAAUCAGAACUGGAAGAGUAUAAUGACGAUUGUGCAAUAUGUAGAGAAUCAAUGUCUUGUGCCAAGAAACUGCCAUGCGGACACAUGUUUCAUUUAUCUUGUCUACGCUCGUGGUUAGAAUAUCAUGGAUCUUGUCCAACAUGUCGGCGAUCGUUCACACAAAGUGAAAUCCUUUCCUCGGAGGAACAGUCGGCUGAAAUAAUAUCCAGGUAUUCAAGUUCUGAUCCUUUAGAUGAUGAUUCUUCUCCAAGUCAACCAAUAGUCAGCAAACCUAUGAAAGCGAAUUUGCGAAGCGGGUGA